CUGACGUCAUGCUGCGUGCGGGCCGGUGCGGAAUCGCUCCUUCAACUCCGCGGGGCAGGAGUUAGUUAGCAAAGAGCAGAGGCUGGACGUACGACCCUGGUCUUCUGCCCUUGGCCGCACACUUUGCUCACAUCUGUUUUCUGCAUGGUGGAUAUUAUUUUUCAUUAUCCUUUUCUGGGUGCUAUGGGGGAUCAUUCCAAGAAGAAGCCCGGGACCGCCAUGUGCGUGGGCUGCGGGAGUCAGAUCCACGACCAGUUUAUCCUGAGGGUGUCCCCCGACCUGGAGUGGCACGCCGCCUGCCUCAAGUGCGCAGAAUGUAGCCAGUUCCUGGACGAGACUUGCACGUGCUUCGUGAGAGACGGGAAGACCUACUGCAAGCGGGACUACGUCAGGCUGUUUGGCAUCAAGUGCGCCAAGUGCCAGGUGGGCUUCAGCAGCAGCGACCUGGUGAUGCGGGCGCGGGACAGCGUGUACCACAUCGAGUGUUUCCGCUGCUCGGUGUGCAGCCGCCAGCUGCUGCCGGGCGAUGAAUUCUCGCUGCGGGAGCACGAGCUGCUCUGCCGAGCCGACCACGGCCUUCUGCUGGAGCGCGCCGCCGCCGGCAGCCCGCGUAGCCCCGGCCCGCUGUCCGGCGCCCGCGGCCUGCAUCUGUCAGACCCAGGGUCGGGUCGGCAGCCAUCGCUGCGCCCGCACGUGCACAAGCAGACGGAGAAGACGACCCGCGUGCGGACCGUGCUCAACGAGAAGCAGCUGCACACUCUGCGGACGUGCUACGCGGCCAACCCGCGGCCCGACGCACUCAUGAAGGAGCAGCUGGUGGAGAUGACGGGCCUGAGCCCACGGGUCAUCCGCGUCUGGUUCCAGAACAAGCGCUGCAAGGACAAGAAGAAAUCCAUCCUCAUGAAACAGUUGCAGCAGCAGCAGCACAGCGAUAAGACGAGCCUGCAGGGACUGACCGGAACGCCCUUGGUGGCUGGCAGCCCGAUCCGCCACGAGAGCGCCGUGCAGGGCAGCGCAGUGGAGGUGCAGACCUACCAGCCGCCGUGGAAGGCGCUCAGCGAGUUCGCUCUCCAGAGUGACCUGGACCAACCCGCCUUCCAGCAGCUGGUCUCCUUCUCCGAGUCCGGCUCUCUCGGCAAUUCCUCCGGCAGCGACGUGACCUCCCUGUCCUCCCAGCUCCCGGACACUCCCAACAGCAUGGUGCCGAGUCCCGUGGAAACGUGAGGGGGCCUCCCCGCCAGUCCGAGGACCUCGCAUGCUCCCUGCAUGAGACGCACCCACGCUCAGGCCAUUCCAGCUCCGAAAACUCUCGUCUUUGUAAUUCUCAUUGCUGUUAUUUAAAGAGCGAGGACCGAGAGGCGGCCACACAAGGCGCGCGCCGGGCGCAACCUGCUUCCACCACGCCGGACGCCCCGUCCGGGGACCUUUAUUUUUUCAAAAUCAGAAAUUGGGGUUUCCUAGCGUUAACUCUGCUCCCCUUUCCCUGGAGAUCGCCCCCAGCGCGCCGGCGACCCAAGCACGUUCUCGGGUGGGCGCCGAGUCGGCAAGCCCCUCAGGACUGCUCCGCCCGGACCCGCCCUCCCGUAGAGUGGCCGGCGCGACCCGAAGGAGCAGUCGCUCGGCCCCGCAAAGCGCAUGAUUGCCGGACAAAAGUAGAAAAAAGACUUUGCUUGAAAAUGUUUUAAAUUAUCAUUCGACGGAGGACAGAGUGUGUGAGACUUUGCCGACCAAACAAACGUAAGUUAUUGUUAUUUAUUGUGAGAACAGCCAGUUGAUAGCGGGACGAAUAUUUUGCUCUUAAUAAAAUAAUAAUAAAAAACCCA